GCGCAUCGGUCCGCAUCCGAAGUUGGGAAGUUCGAGAAGAGAAGAGUGAAAGGGAAGAAGUAUCAAAGAAAUUACUAAUUCGAAGGUCCAAAGUACGAGAACACGGUACUGGGCCAAACCUCAAGGGGGCAAUGUCUGAAAACAGCAACAGCAGUGGUUCCGGCAACAGCUGGACCGUCCUCACCCCUGAGGAACCUGCUGUCGAAAGUGUUGGCUCAGGAGUCGAAGGCACUGAAAUCGUGACAAACGCACCUGUCCUGGCAGAGGAAGUGACAGGGAGCGUCACUGUGUCAGAGACAGGUGACAGCAUGGUGGAGACUGGGGGAGUUCACUUUGAGGAGCGUCUUCAGUUUCAGGAACCUGCUGUUGAAAAUGUUGGCCCGGGAACUGAAGGCGCUGCCAUUCUCACAGACACACCUCUCCUGGCUGCGGGAGUGACAGGGAGCGUCACUGAACCAGAGACGGGUGACCGCAUGGUGCAGACCGGGGGACUUCGCUCUGAGGAGGGACUUCAGGUUUGCCAGGAAACUCUGUCGGAUAGUCCCCGUGGCUCCCCCCCUCCCAGCCCCACUCUUUUGAGCCCCACCCCUUCUACUCAUAUGUCCUUAAGCAGCAGUUCCUUCAGCCCUGACCCUGAUACAUUUUCUGAUACAUAUACCCAUAUAAGCUCCUUCCCUGAGAGCCACAUAUCCACAAGCUCUUACCCAGAGUCCAUUGUCUCAGUUCCCACCACUACAUCCCUGGAAGGGGAGGGGAUACAGCAGGAGGAGGAAAAGUCUGAACUGGCAAAGAAAGUGACAGAAGUUGGGAAGCAAGCAGUGCAAUUGGUGGAUCAGCUGGUCACGGACAUGUUCCUAAUCUGGGGGAGGAAGCUCACGGGACAAAGAAUCUCUGAGCCUUCCGGUGACUCUGAGCUUGGGGAGGAACGAGGCACCGAGGGAGACGGGCUGAGGAAGAGGAAGGUGUUCCCCAUCGGGCCAUUGGACCAGCAGGGCGAUGAGGAUCAAGAACUGCUUAGACCCAGAGACGGGGAGGAAGAUGGAGGUGGCUUCCCUCUGAACAAGUGCAUUUUGGGAGCCCUCAUUUUGCUGGGUCUGGGCACCAUUUUAUUUUCAGUGGACGAUGUUGACGUGAGAGAGCUGAGUGAUGCUGAGCUGCAUGGAAGUCAGGAGUGGCUGAACUCAGAGGCUAACCCCCAGGGGGCUCAGGAGAACGCAGAGCUGUUGGAUAAGCUUGCUAAAGAGAAUGAGCAGAUCAUCGCACUACAGGCACAGCUCCAGGCUCAGAAAGAGGAGCUCAACACGGCACUGCAGCAGGCAGAGGAGAGAGCGAGAGAGAGCGCCUGGAAGGGAGAGCUGGAGAAAGAGAACGAGAGGAUGAAGCAGGAGCUGUCGUCUCUGCCCAGCCUCCAGAGUGAGCUGGAGACCCUGAGGGCCAGGGUGAUGGAGCUUACCCUUCUCACAGCGAAAGAGGAGUCUCAACAGGCCCCUGUCUCCCCGUCAGCACCACCCCCGUCUGAUCAGACUGAAAGCGGCAACCAGAGUGGUGUCGUCGAGGAAACUACAGGAGGGACUGGGGAGACGAGAGAUGGAGGGAGUCUGACGGAGGAGCUGGAGCGACAGAAAGUUUUGUUGGAGGAGAGCAGGAAGAGACUGGAAGGGAUGAAGGUGGAGGGGGGAAGAAAGACGGGCGUAAGGGAGGGCCUGGCGGAGAUGGAAAGGAGACUAACAGAGGAGGUGGAGAAGCUCGGGAGAAGGGGCGGUGAACGUAGGAGGAAGGAGUGGAAGGUAGAGAAGGAAUGGAAACAAGGGAGAGACAGCGAGAAAUAUGAGAACAAGGAAUGGAAGGAGAGAGAGCUGAAAAAUGAGUGGAGGGGAGGCAAAGAGUGGAAACAGGGAAGAGAAAGAGGCAGGGAAGAUGGCAAAGACUGGAGGGAUAGGGAUGAGAGGAAAGAAUGGAAGGCAGAGAAAGAGUGGAAAAAAGGGAAAGAUGGGGGCAGGGAUGAGGGAAAAGAAUGGAAAAAUAAGGAGGAGAGAAAGGAGUGGAAAGCAGAGAAAAUCUGGAAACUGGGCAGAGAUGCAGAGAAAGACAAGGGCAAAGAGUGGAAGGAGAGAGACGAGAGAAAGUGGUUGUCGAGAGAUGGCUGGAAGGAAGGGAGGAAAGAUGGAGACUGGAAGAAACAUAAAGAUCAUCACAAACACGAGAGAGAGAGCAGAAACGGUAAUAAGGAUGAGGGCACGUGGGAGCAGAAGGAGAGGAGCAAGAAGGAGAGGCAUUGGCAGGCCACAGCAGAUAAGACCCCAUUGGAUCCAUCACACAGACACCAUGAACACAAUGAGUAUUGGAAAAAAAAGCGAGAGAAACUCCAGCACUUCUAUCGUCCUCUAGUGGACUGUAACGGUAUUGCAGAAUGUGCCAAAAGGGAAGGCCUGUCUCCUGUAAAUCUUGCUGACUUUGAGGCUCUUUUAGGAGGUUACCUGAGCAAGCUGGAGGCGACUGAGGUCAGGGGCAAGGAGGAAAUCAGUAAGUUGAUCAAGGAAUUUUUUGUAGACGGAGUGUUCACCCAUGACAAGAUCUCCUUCAGGGACUUUGUGGAAGAUGUAGCUGACAUUUUGGAAGACAUGGUUGAGGGGGAGGGGGAGGAAGAUGAGGAAAGGGAGGAGGAGAUGGAGGAGUUUGAGAAGGAGGCCUUGAAGAAGUUUUCAGUGACUGGUGGAGAGGGGGAGGAUGAUAUUGGAGGUGACUGGAAGAGAGGGAAUGGCAGAGUGAGGGGGUGAAGGAGUAGAAGUGAGGAUUUAGGAGAUGGGUCAGGAAAGAUGGAUGAAGGUGUGAGGAGGGGGGAGAAUUAUAGGGGAAGCAGGCAUUGCCAGUCCUGGUCCUGAAGGAAUACAAAUGUGCAGAGAAUCCAUUACAUAGUACCACCCUGUGCACUCCCCCCAGUGACAAAAGGAAAACACACCUGCAUUUGAACCUGCUAGCCAUAUUGAGGGUGUCAUCUGACCACACGUACCCAGUCCUAUUGCCAGCUGAUUGGCAUACAGACAGAGCUAUUAUUCUACUGUUCUGAAGACAUUGUUCUGGAACCCAUCCACAGUAGUCUGGUCGUCUCUGUCCAAUUGGGCAUGCAUCCAUUCAAAAGAAAUAUAACUGUGUUCACAAUGGAGACGUGCACACAAUCUUUCAUUCAGGUGCAGGACAGAAGUACAGCAGAAAGAUGUAAAUAUCCACCGGUGAGGAUCCACCUUCAAAAUGUGGAUCAAAACAUUGUCCCAUGUGUACCUUUAAAAUAAGUUGCUUUCAGGAGUAGACAAUGUGCAAACAUUGUGUUCUUUCUGUUUCACUCUUACGUUUUGCCAAGCUUUGCUACUGCAAAAGGGCACAGUGUCUGCAUCUGUUCUUUCUAGACCUGUACUGUAGUUUUUUAUGCCUGGGAAUGUAUCUCAGCGAUUUACUGUCUGUGUGGAACAAGUUUCAGUUAUCUUCCUCUCUCUGAGAGUUGGGACAUUUGGGGCCGCAGCUGCCGAGAGACCAGGACUGGAAAUCCUUCCUGUAGCACAGAGGUUGGAAGGGUUUUUGAACAGGAGAAGAUUUGGGAUGUAGCCUUAGGAUAGAGAGUGGUGGAAGAAUAUCACAAGGUGGCCUGGGGUAGGUGAUGUGUCACUCUCCAUGACUUAAACUGAGGACUUGUAAUUUUCCACUGCCUACAUUAGGGCCGUGUCUCUGCACUCUGACUAUGUUCAUAUAGUCAUCCCGGCUACUCUGCUCUGGUCACUUUGAAAGAAAAAAAAA